AUGUCUUCUUCAGCCAGCGUGUCCCCGGGCGCUGACGACGGCGGCCGCAGGAAGCCUCGCCUGGCGGCGUCGUUGCAGAUCAGCCCUGGGUCGGGACCCUGCCGACCGUCGGCCAGUGUGGGCCAAGAUGCCUGGGAGCCCACACCCGCCCGCACCGCGGAGGACAACGAAGAGCUGGGUGGGAAGCCCCAGGCCUCGGCGCCUGGGGACGGUGGGCCCCAGGCGGGGGCCGAAGUCCUGGAACUGGGGGCAGCCCCGGCAAGGGAAGAUUUGGGGGGCCUGAUGGAGAUGUCCCCGGGGGGCUCCAUCCCACCCGCAGGGCCCGCGGGGGACAUCCCCCCGGCCUCCGGCCCUCUGAGCCUGUCGCUGGAGGACCCUCCCCCAGUCCAGGCGGUGGCACUGCUCACGCAGUACGUGGCCAGUCGGGGCAUGCAGCUGACCUUCCGAGAGGACCAGACGGCAGGUCCCUGCUCCACCUUCUCUGUGUAUGUGGAGCUGGAUGGGGUGGUCUGCCCCACAUGCACCUCAGAUUGCAAGACAGAUGCCAAACAGCAGGCAGCUCUGUCUGCCCUCUGCUACAUCCGCAGUCAGCUGGAGAGCACAAAUGCUCCCAAGACUCCCAGUGAGCCUCCACUUGCCUCCCUGAGUGUAGAGAACAUCCUGACCCAUGAGCAGCGCUGUGCGGCUGUGGUUAGUGCCGGCUUUGACUGCUUGUUGGAUGAGAACUCUCCGUACCGGGCCUGCAAGGGGACUGUGGCUGCAGUCAUCCUGGAAAGGGAGAUCCCAGGUGCCAGGGGCUACUCCAAGGAGAUCUAUGAGCUGGUGGCACUGGGCACGGGCAACAGCUGCUGUGCCGGCUGGCUGGAGUUCUCGGGCCGGCAGCUCCAUGACUGCCAUGCGCUGGUGGUUGCCCGCCGUGCUCUGUUGAGGUUCUUGUACCGGCAGCUCCUACUGGCCAUUAAGGGAGGCCCCAAGGGCCAGGAGCGGUCUGUGCUGGCCCCCCAGCCUGGGCCUGGGCCUCCCUUUGCCCUCAAGCCCCGAAUCUUCCUGCACCUCUAUGUCAGCAACACCCCCAAGGGAGCAGCCCACGACAUCUACCUGCCCUCAGCUUCGGAAGGCAGCCUCUCCCAUGGCACACCCUUCCGCCUGCAGGCGCACAUUGGUGGGCAGCUGAAGCCUGUGUGCUAUGUGGCCCCUGCGCUCCAUGACACCCAUGUAGGUUGCCUCUCGGCCAGUGACAAGCUGGCACGCUGGGUCGUGCUGGGGCUGGGUGGUGCCCUGCUGGCCCACUUCCUGCCGCCACUCUACAGCACCAGCCUCGUCCUGGCUGAUCCCUGCCAUGACCCCUCGACACUGAGCAGGGCCAUCCAUAGCCGGCCCAGCCUGGAUGGGGCCUUGGGGCCAGUCCUGCCCCCUCCCUAUGUCCGCACCACUCUGCACCUGUUCACAGGGCCCCCAGUGGCCCCCUCUGAGCCCACCAACAGCUGCCAUGGACUGAGCCUCAACUGGAGUCUGGGGGACCCUGAUAUUGAGGUCGUGGAUGUGGCCACUGGGCGUGUGAAGGCCGACACCACCCUCGGGCCUCCUUCCCGUCUCUGUAAGGCUGCCUUCCUCAGGGCCUUUCGCCAGGCUGCCGGAGCCCUGGGGAAGCCCCACCUCCUGGCCUUGAAGACCUAUGAGGCUGCCAAGGCUGGGCCCUACCAGGAGGCUCGCCGACGGCUGUCUCUCCUCCUGGACCAGCAGGGCCUGGGGGCUUGGCCCUCGAAGCCACUGCUGGGCAAGUUCAGAAACUGA